UUGCUGAAAUAUAAAACUUCACGGUAUGUCACUUUUGGUCUCAGUGUACAGUUGAAGCUGUAUAAACUCACUGAGUCCAAUCCAAUUCACCUAUCGCUCACCCGGCUCGAAGACCAAGUUCUCGACACGACACUGUCCGGCCACCACACUGUACUGGGGCGACUGUCUACCUACACCACAGACCUGAAGGCAACGCAUUAUUUUGAUUUGAUUUGAAUUGAAUCCAAUCCAGUUCAACCCAACCUUCGACUUUUUCUCUCUGCUACAGUAUCUUGAUUCUUCAAAAUGAAGAUCCUCAUCACCGGCGCCGGCGGCUUUCUCGGCCAAUUCCUCGCCCGCGAGCUUCUCUCCAACCCAUCCCACCAGGUCGUAUUAACCGACAUCGUCGACGUCCCCGUGCCCAAGGGAUCCAAAAACCCCCAGAACGCAACAUGCAUCAAAGCCGACCUGCUGGCCGACCGGAGCAUGAUAACUCCCGACUUGGACGCAGCCUACUUAUUUCAUGGAAUCAUGUCCGCGGGCUCCGAAGCCAACUACGACCUCGGGAUGUCGGUGAACCUAGAAUCCACAAAAGCACUCCUCCAAACCAUCCGCCAAGUCAAACCAGGUCUAAGAGUCAUCUACGCGUCCAGCCAAGCCGUCUACGGCCGUCCAUUGCCCGACGUCAUCACCGAAUCUGUCCUCCCUACUCCCGAGGGCUCGUACGGAUCUCAAAAGCUCAUGUGUGAGAUCCUAAUCAACGACAUGACACGACGCGGAUUCAUCGACGGAAUCAGUCUGCGAUUCCCGUCGAUUUCGGUGCGUCCUGGAAAGCCGGCGCCUGCAGCAUCAGCCUUCAUCUCGGGUAUUAUUCGUGAACCGUUGGCAGGCAAGGAAUGCGUUGUGCCCGUCAAAGACAGGAGUUUCCCCUCGAAUGUCUGCUCGCCAAAGACUUUGAUUGAUAAUCUGGUUUAUGCGCUUACUUUGCCGUCGGACGCGCUGCCGAAACAUAAGAGGGUUGUUAAUGCGCCGGGGAUUGCUGUGACGAUUCAGGAAAUGUUGGAUGCGCUGAAGAAAGUGGGCGGUGAGGAUAAAUUGAAGUAUGUCCGUGAGGAACAUGAUGAGAAUAUCGCGAAGAUUCUGUAUUCGUGGGCUUGGAAUUAUGAUAAUUCUUUGGCCUACAGUUUGGGGUUCAAGAAGCCGGAUAGCUUUGAGCAGGCGGUGAGGGAGUAUGUGGAUUACUUGGAGCAGGAGAAGUCGUGGAAUUGAUUUGACAGAGGUUGGACGGGAUUGACAUGACUGAAAAGGGGUACGAAAAGAGGCCACGGAAAAGGAAAUGGAAAGGGAACGAAAACCGGAGCAGAAAGAAGCAGCUCACUCGCACACCAGAAAAGCUCGACAUGCGGGUAGUAUGGGUCGAUGUCAAUAUGAUGCGGAUGAUGGUUUACCUGUGGCUACCUGGUUCAGCAUCUUUGACCUCGGCCAGCACUACCACGAACAAGAAAAACAGAAACAACAAUGACAAUCUUCAUCCACGCCGAGGCAAAGCGAAGCUGCAGAGCUUGUCCCCCUGCUUCGACCGCCAGGCCAGUCAACAGCGAAUGAGCCAGCUUCCCUCUACGAAAACGGAAAAACGAACUGAGGAAUGGAAGAAUUGAAAAAGGUCCUCAGUAUCAAAACUUGAACAAGGCCAUAUGUACAGAGGUAGAUUCUCUACUCGACAACACAACAUGGAAAUAAAUACUGGCUGCAGUCUCGCUCCCACUCCCUUUUCUUUCUCUUUUUCUCUUCUUCUCCCUGGCACCGGCAUGACGGACUGGCAGCACCCGGGCAGACCGACUUUCUCAUGCCAGUGUCUGUCCUCUCCAAAAACAUCAAGCUCCACAUGUCUUUAUCUUCAGGGAGUGUACCACUACUGUAUCAACUGUAUUCCUUAUACGUUGUACUUCAGGAGUCACGGUGCCUACGGUCCGAGCCCUCGGAUUUCCAACAUGCGGCGGGCGGUCUCCUGAGUACCUUGCAAAGGGGAUACGGGGCCACCACCAGCUGGCGGAACAAAGAACCUUUUUAUUGUU